AUGGCCUCCAACGAAGAAAUACCCGUCGGCGCGCGAGUCGAGAUCAAGCACAUUCAAGGCGCGCGCGGCAUUGUUCGGUUCAGCGGCCAGACGCAGUUUCAGGUCGGCAAGUGGAUCGGUGUCGAGCUUAGCGAGGCUAAAGGUCGAAACGAUGGAACUGUGCAAGGCGUCGCGUAUUUCAAGUGUAAAGCGAACUAUGGCGUAUUCGUUAAGCCGAGCCAGGUCGCUAUUGUGAAGGAGCCGGAGCCCACUCCUGGACCGAGCAGAGCAAGACCGUCACUAGGCCAUGUCCGUACACCGAGUAACGGCAUCUCCCGUACACCCUCUCUACGAUCCGUCCAGCCCUCUUCGCCAUCCUCCCGGUCCGGCAGCCCGUCCAAGACAGUUGCAUCGCCGGCGGCAACUGCGACGACCUUCCGCGCUUCCCGUUUAGGCGCCUCAUCAACCCUCGCGCCGCCAUCACCUUCCAAACCCACGCGGCCGGGCGCUUCGGUAGUACAGACACCCGGCGGCUUGCGUCGUACAGGUACUGCAGGCUCAGCAACCUCGGCGACGUCCGCGGCUUCGCGCCGGACAUCCGUCAUCGACACCAACCUAUCCGCUUCGGUCUCUGCGCGGAAUCUCGACAGAGAAAGCAGCAGAGACUCUGCACCACCUACGAUUCGGGCUUUGCCGUUCAAGCAGCCGCGCGAAAGGGAGCAGCCGAGGGCGGCUUCGCCUCCGCUCACGACGAGUCAGCUGAGGAGCGUGUCGGGUGCUAGUCAGAGCUCGAGUCUGCUUUCGCCGCUGGGGAGCGAUCUGCAGGUGUCGCAAUCACCUAUACAUGAUGGAUCGGACGAUGCUGGGGAGGGUGUGGCACCACCAUCAAAGCCGACUGUUCACAUAAACGACGAAGAAGUUCAAGAACUUCGCUCCAAACUCGCAACCGCAGACGACGAACUCCAAUCCCUCCGUGCCAAGAUCCGCGUCCUUGAAACCCACCGACAAACCGACUCUCGACAGAUCCGUGAACUCGAGUCCCGAUUAUCAGACGCCGAAUCUUUCGUCGCUUUACGGCCCAAACUGCAAGCCAAACUUACACAACAACAAACGGACUUGAUCGCGGCGAGGAGGGAGUUGGCCGAUGCACAGCAACUUGCAGAGUUGAACGAGAGUCGAUUGUUGGAUGCGCAGGAGAGCUUGGAGAUGGCGGCAUUAGAUAAGGAAGUCGCGGAGGAGAGGGCGGAAGUGGCGGAACAGGAGGUGGAGGAGUUGAAGGAGAGACUAGCGGUGGCUGAGGUUGAACUAGGUGUAUUGAAGGAUGGAACCCACCCUCAUGCGGAGGGCGAAGAAGGGGAGGAAGAUGGCGGUGUCGACCCGGCCGUCGCGGGCUCACUCGCAUACAUCCAACUCGAGAAACAGAAUGUUCGCUUGAAAGAAGCGUUGAUUCGGCUGAGGGAUGUGACGCAGGAGACGGACGCGGAGCAGCGGAGGAGGAUCUCAGAUAUGGAGAAGGACGUGCAGGCGCUCGACGAGUUGCAAGCCGAGCUCGAGUCAGCUUACAUCAAGCUCACGAACGCCGAUACGCAGAUCGAGGAUCUGAAGCUGCAGCUGGAUGACGCACUGGGCGCCGAAGAUAUGCUCGUUCAACUUACCGAGCGCAACCUUCUCUUAGGCGAGAAGAUCGAGGAGAUGCGCAUAACGAUCGAGGAUCUCGAAGCGCUGCGGGAACUGUCAGACGAGCUUGAGGAGAAUCACGUCGAGACGGAGAAGGCGAUGCAGGACGAGAUUAACGAUAAAGACGUCCAGCUCAACGCUCAAGGGCGCAAGAUCGACGAGCUGAACGAGGCGUGCCAGGACCUCGAGGGCACGGUCGUGCAGUUCCGCGAACUCGUCAUGCAACUCCAGACGGAGCUCGACGGUUUACGUGCGCAGACGCAGACUGCCCAGUCCGAGUCCGCCGUGGCCGCUUCCCAGACGGCACAAGCUAUGGCGCUUAAUCUCAGGCUGCAGUCGCACGCUUCGAAGGCUCAUGCACGGGCGCUUGAGCUGGAGCUGGCGAAGCUAGAGGCCAGGGAGGCGAAGGAGAUGUUGAGCAUUACCGCGCCGCAUCUGCCCGCGUUGUAUAAUGAGCAAGACGCAGAUGCCGUGGCAGCAUAUAUGUUCUUCAAGCGUAUGGCGGCGAAGGCCGAGUUGAUCAACGUCGUCGUCGCGCAAGUUCAUGGUCUGCCGGACAUACUGGGUGGUUCUGUCACCGAUACCCUUGUCGGUGUCACGGAGUUGAGGAUAUCCAUCGGCUCGCUGGCUGUCUCCUGCAGGCGCUUUGCAGCUGUACUCAAACGCUGCGAUGCAGACUCAUUCCUAAACGCCGGCCGCCUCUACCCGGAACUAGCGCCCAUGGAACGCCGUGUGGACAUGCACAUCGACCUGCUCCGACGUGAAGAGUUCCGCGAGAUGGAAUGUGCCGUGGACGUGAACAAGAUCAUGGCGCAGUUCGAACAUCUGGCCGAGACGUAUUUCGCUGGAUUUGAGUUUGAUCUGGGCGAGAGGGAGUUGAGCGUGGUGGCGAGUUUGGAUUUGGAGCUGGACAUGUACAUGGCAACUAUUGCGGCCGCGAAGACGAGCGUUGGAGAUAUCCUCAAGGACGAAGAGCUCGCAUCGGACCUCGCCGGCCUCGAUCCGCAGAAAGAGUUCUUCGAACCAAUGCAACGCGUCCUUGACCAUACCAAGUCCGCCAAGACACUCUCCAAGCGUCUCACACGUCGCAUCGAAGAUCUCAUCCUCGACAACUCAGCCCUCAAGUCGCACCUCGUACCCGAACUUCAAGCAGUAACGAACCACACCGCCGAGCUGCUCAACUUCGGUAUCUCGCUCGCGCAGCAAGUCAUGCCAUACGCUGGCGACGCCCGUGCGAAUCACGCGCCGUUUGUGUUGAGCAAGGUGCUGGGCUUUGUGAGGGAAACGGCUACUUCGACUGUUGGGAAGACUAGGAGAGACGUCGGAAGCCCGUGGGAAGCGCUCGGAGGCGCCAUGGCGGCGCUUAUCAAUGACGCGAAUGCGCUGUUACCCGUUACGAUGGAAGGCGAGAACGUCGUGCGGAUUGCCGGCUCGCCGCCCUGGACUACGCGCGUUGCGGAGAUCAAAGCGAACUUGGCUGUGAACGUCGAAGCUGAAAGGCGUGCCGCGCAGCUCUCUGAAGAGCUCACGGCGAUGGCGAGGACACUCAAGGCGCGCGAUGUUACGUUGCAGGAGGAGAGGGUUAGGACGGAGCUGAUGGAGAGGAGAAUGGAGGGCGUGAAGAGGCAGCAAGACGCAUUCCAGCAGGUCGAGGCCGAGCUCGCCCAGGCGCGGAAGCAGGAGAGAAGCUACGAAGAUGCGCUCGAGCAGCUUCAAGCCGAUCUUGAUGCCAUGGAGCAAGAGAAUGCCAGACUCAAGGCUGCGGUCCCGUCUGGGAACGAGAAGCCGGCACAGGCUCAGCAGCAAGAGGCGACGAUGGGUAUUGGCAUGGGUAUGGGCUACGGAGAGGGUGUGCAGCUUGGAGAGGGAAGCCUCGAGACGGGCUAUCUGCUCGAGCAGCUCGAGGCGUUCAGGGGAGCCGUCAAGUUCUUGAGGACGGAGAACGCGUACUUACGCGGGGCGGAUCUGCAUGCUGAGAUCGCUGCGCUGCCGCCUUUGCCGGCGCCAUCAUCACCGAGACCGACCACGCCACCGCUCGUAGCCAGCACGCUGGCGGACAGCGACUCAGAAGACGAAGAGGGCGUCCGAACACCACCCGGGCCGCAGAGCAUCCGCGAGCUCGUAACAGAGCGCAAAGUGCUCUUCCGGCGCGUCGUGGCGUUCGCUGCUGCGCCGAAAAUCGUGGAUCUGAGUGCGAGGCCGAAGAGGGGAUGGGUGCCGAAGAGCAAGUUGCCUGAGGCGCAGGUGUUGGCGAGGAAGUUGGAGGCGGAGAGGUUGGGGAGGAAGGUUAGGGGGCUUGUUGAGAGGACUAAUCUUGCUGUUGCGGCUAUUCAUUAG